AUGAUGUGUGGGAUAUGUUUGCGAAAAAGAGUAUCAGGAGUCACUUUAGAGCCUGUUUUCAUCUAAUGAUCAAAAGCAUCUUCUUUCUCCAUAAAGACGGUUUUCUCAGCUGUUCAAGGUGCCAGACGGUUCGAUGGCAAUCUGAAGGAGAAGGAGGAGGAGUUGUGCUCAAUUACACUUUGGAAUGAGAGCAGAUUGCCACUGUACACAACAAAACGGGUUAGUUUGAUUUCCUUGUGUUGAUAGCACAAUGCAGCUCUGAGUGAGAACGGCGUGUAACUAAUUACAGCGUAUGUCUGACCGCCGUACUUCCUAAAACAUGAUUCGCUGCCUGCAUGUCAUUUGGCUCUACAGAAAUGUAAAUCAUAAUUAGCAUAAAAAAUGAGCGGCCCACAGAACUUUUCAGAAACACGUUAUCGGUAGCUCCGUCAUCAUCAGUGUUUUUUCUCCUCACAUCCGUUUGAACUGAAAUCACGACCAUUUUUAGAGCUAUGACGUGAGCGUCGUGGCGCAGUCCUCCUCACCCGCACGUCUGGUUUGUUGGGUGGUUAACUACUCAAUGCUUUUGUUAGUUCCUAAGCCACCCACUCCCCCACCCUCUCCCCUCCAUCCUCCAACCGCUGCGUCAGUAGGGGACUGGAACGAGAGGUAUAUAAGGACCCUGCCACCUGAAGCUCUCAAAACCCAAGAUCUCUCUAGCUUUACUCUGCACCAGGAACUACAAGGAAUUCGAAGUUCCUGCUUCACUUCUCUUACCGACCUUUCUGCACACUUUAACUUCAACUAUUUUGUCAGUAUGCAGCUUUUGUCCAGCUUAGUGUCUCUUUUGCUGGUGCUGUAUAGUGUCAGAGCAGCAGCUGUGCUUCCAUUGGAGGAGAGGAACCUGGCACAAAGUAGGGAACUGAGCAAAGAGCGCAAGGAGCUGAUCCUGAAGCUGAUCUCUGGGCUGCUGGAUGGAGCAGACAACAGCGUUCUGGCUGGGGAGAUAGCGCCUGUCCCCUUGGAUGUGGAGGAGCCCCUGGAGUCCCGUCUGGAAGAACGGGCCGUCUACAAUCGGUUAUCACAGCUGCCGCAGCGUGACCGCAAAGCCCCCUGCAAAAACUUCUUCUGGAAGACCUUCACAUCGUGUUAACGGCGCCAGUCCUGCAACGAUGCCGCGAUCCCACCUGAUACCUGACAUGAACUGUGUAGACCUCCACUGUACAUACACAUCUCUGUGGACUUACUCUGACACAGUCUGUUUGUUAAAGACAUUGAUGAUUAUAUUUAUUUAUUUAUUGCUCGAUUAAGCUCUUUAUGGACCUUUGUUUUUGUUUUUCAGCAUUAAAAGAAAAAAAAAGAAUAAAGGAUGGUUCAGAGAGUUGCUUUUUUGAUAAAAGAUGUCUCAUUUACUGUGGUCAAACAUCAAAUUAAUGUUAAACUGACUGAUGAAUAAAUAUAUAAUUGAUCACAGAGCUAGAUGCAUUACGGAUGAUGUAAUAGUGCUACAUAUAAACGUUUUCCCUGAAGAACAAAUCAUAAAUCGUAUAGGCUGUUUGUUACCAGCUCAUCUGAAUUGCUUUUUCACAAGCUGUUGUUGUUUGACUCUUAAUACACCAGAUGAAUUGAUUGACA